AGCCAAUCCGGGGGCGCGUAACCGGUUCAAAUCCAGACGGCGGGUAAACAUGGCUAUGUCUCCUCGGUCUGGGAAGUGAGUUUCCUCCCUUGGCGAGUUGAAAAUGUGGCGGGUGAAAGCACUGAAUCUCGACCUGUCGCCCUCGCCCCAGCCGGGAAAAACAGCCAUGAGAACUCCUCUCCGUGAACUUAUACUGCAGCCGGGCGUCCUCACUGACUCAGAAAAAGGAUCCCUGACGUGCUCCUCGCUGACCCCGUCACUGCUCAAGCUGGGGCUACAGGAAGGCGGCAACAACUUAUCGCCAAUGGAUUUUCUCAAUGCCAAGAAGACUAACUUCCCCUCAGAAGAAUCUAGCCAUUCCUUAAUGUACCUAGAAGCGUGUCAGCAUGAAUCAGAUCCCACUCCUGAAAGUAACUCUACUCUCAAAAUAUCUGAGAAAGCAGUAGACUCUGUGGAUGACUAUGUAGUGGAACCAAUGGAUGACAGCAUAGUUAAGACCAUGGUUCUCAUAUCCUGUCCAUCAGGGCAGCAGCAAGAUCUGAAACUUGAUGCCCAUUUAGAUUCCAUAGCAAAGACAAACAGCUUUCUAAACAAGUCUUUGGUGCUAGACGAUCUGGUGGGAAAGGAUGUGGCACCCUAUAUGGAAGAUAGCUUUAUAGAUAGUGCUGUAAUGCCUGAGAAACCUGUAUUUCAGAAUUCCCCAUCCCAUCUUUUAGAAUAUCCACCAAAACCUUGUUCAGAACAACAGUUCCACUGCUCUGAAGAAAGCCCAAGGGAUAACAUCACUGAAGCUAUGCCUGAGGAUUUAAUACCUUCUGAAAAUGUCUUGCAUUCCUCCAUGGUCUGGCUUUCCCCUUCAACUGUCUUGACAAUGGAUUUCCCUGUCAAUUAUGCAGAUCCAGGGGAGGAAACUGUAGAGCAAAGAGUUAUACAGGGAACGGAAAUAAGCCUUCCUGAAUUCUCUGAGGUUCAACUGGGGGAUCAAGCAUUUGUCUCAGAUAUGGAAGAUGUUCCAUCCGUAUGUCUGACACCAAAUCCAGAAGUGGAAUCCCAGGAAACUCCAGGCCCCAAAGUAGAAGAUGCUAGUAGGAUUCCUGGCUUAGAUUCAGAGACUUGGACGUCCCCAUUGGCCUGGCUAGAAAAAGGUGUGAAUACUUCAAUCAUGCUAGAAAAUCUCCGCCAAAGCUUGUCGAUUCCUUCUUUGCUUCAGGAUGCUGCCAUUGGUAAUACACCUCUCUCUACUUGUUCUGUGGGAACUUGGUUUACUCCUCCAGUACUACAGAAAGAGAAUCCAAACAAAUCUCAGACAGCAGACACCAAGGACCGUACUUCAGAGACAGAACACCUCCUGUUGGGCCGUUGUCUUCCAGCUCUGACUGCCUUGUCCAGGCAUGACUUGGAAGAUAACCUGCUGAGCUCUCUUGUCAUGCUGGAAGUUCUUUUCCGACAGCUACAAACAUGGAAGAGCCAGCUGACUGUCUCCCAUGCAGAAUCCCAGGACAGUAGCACACAGACCAGCAACUCUCCUUGUGGGGUAACUAAGAAGCCUCAACAUCUUCAGGAGAGUCAGGAAAUUAGACAGGCCCUGCUUCAGGCUAGGAAUGUCAUGCAAUCAUGGGUGCUAGUCUCUAAAGAACUGCUACCCUUGCUUUACCUGUCCCUGACACACAUAGAAGAAGAUAGAAUGGCAGUGAAUCAGGAGUCUCAGCGUGUAGAAACCUUGAUUUCCUGCUGUUCUGAUGUACUGAAGAAAUUGAGGGCAAAGCUUCAGAGUCUCAAAACAGAAAGGGAGGAGGCAAGGCACAGAGAGGAAAUAGCCCUCAAAGGCAAAGAUGUGGCCGAGACAGUACUGGAAGCUUUCUGUGCACAUGCCAGCCAGCGUAUUAGCCAGCUGGAACAGAAUUUGACAUCCUUGCAACAAUUCAGAGGCCUUCUACAGGAGGCUCAGACCCAACUGAUAGGGCUUCAUGCAGAGCAAAAAGAGCUGGCUCAGCAGACAGUGCAUCUGACUUCUGCCUUGCAACAGGACUGGACAUCGAUGCACCUGAAGUGUGGGACUUGGACAACUUUGCUGAGUCAGUCUCGAAAACUCACAGAGAAACUCACAGCCAAGAGCCGGCAGGCCCUGCAGGAACGUGAUGUUGCAAUCAAGGAAAAGCAGCAGAUUACCAAGGAGCUAGAACAAGUCUCUGCCCACUUAGACAGCUAUAAAGGCCAAAUAGAACAACUGAAGUUGGAAAAUAGUCGCCUUGCAACAGAUCUCCGGGCUCAGCUGCAUAUUCUGGCUAAUACAGACAGCCAACUAAAAGAACUGGAGAGUCAGCAUACCCAUUGUGCCCAGGACCUGGCCAUGAAGGAUGAGUUGCUGUGUCAGCUUACCCAAAGCAGUGAAGAACAGGCUGCUCAAUGGCAAAAGGAAGAGAUGGCACUAAAACACACACUGGCAGAACUGCAGCAUCAGCAGGCUGUGUUGACCAAGGAGGUGCAGGACCUGAAGGAGACCCUGGAGUUUGCAGACCAAGAGAGUCAAGUUGCUCACCUGGAGCUGGGACAGAUUGAGUGUCAGUUGAAAACCACUCUAGAUGUACUACGGGAGCGUAGCCUGCAAUGUGAGACUCUCAAGGACACUGUAGAAAACCUAAAGGCUGAGCUGGCCAGCACUGUAGCAGGGCAUGAGAAACAAGUCCUAGAGAAGACACACCAGCAUCAUAAAGAGCUUUGGCUGCUGAAUGAGCAACUACAGAGCCUGACUGUCUUCCUACAGGCAAAACUAAAGGACAAAGCUGAAUCAGACAUCAUUCUGAGCACAGGCUGUCCUCCAGCACAGGAACACCCUCCACCCAAUGAUAGUAACUCCUCAGAAAACAUCUCGACAGCAGAGGCAGUUGAAGAGCCAGAACCAGUUCCUGUGCCCUUACUUGGAAGCGACAAGAGUGCUUUCACCCGAGUAGCAUCAAUGGUUUCCCUUCAGCCUACAGGACUUUCUCUUUCAGAGACCACAGACCUAGAGAAGACCCUGGCAGACAUGAGUACUAUGCUGCUGGAGCUUCAGAGCCUGUGUUCGAUGCUACAAGAGUCUAAAGAAGAAGCCAUUGAGACUUUACAGAGAAAAAUUUGUGACCUGCAGGCUAGGCUACAGGACCAGGAAGAACAGCAUCAGGAAGCCCAGAGAGCAAAGGAAGCAGGCAUAGAGAAGCUGAACCAGGCCUUGUGCUUGCGCUACAAGAAUGAAAAGGAGCUCCAGGAAGUGAUUCAGAAGCAAAAUGAGAAGAUCCUGGAGCAGAUAGACAAGAGUGGCGAGCUCAUAAGCCUCAGAGAAGAGGUGACUCAGCUCACACGCUUACUUAGGCAUGCGGAGACAGAGACUAAAGUGCUCCGGGAAGCCCUGGAAGGCCAGCUAGACUCCAACUGUCAGCUGAUGGCUACUAACUGGAUCCAGGAGAAAGUGUGUCUUUCUCAGGAGGUGGACAAGCUGAGGCUUAUGUUCCUGGAGAUGAAAAAUGAGAAAGCAAAACUGGUGGCCAAGUACCAGAGCCAUAGAAACAUCCUUGAGGAGAACCUUCGGCGCUCUGACACAGAGUUGAAGAAACUAGAUAACACUGUACAGCAUAUUUAUGAGACUCUGCAGUCCAUCCCAGAGGUAGUGAGGAGUUGCAAGGAACUACAAGGAUUGCUAGAGUUUCUGAGCUGAGACUGAAAACAGUGGAGUGCAGUGAGUGGUGUGUGUCUGUAGCUCUGCUACUCCAGAAACUGAGGCAGGAGAAUGUUUGAUCCAGGAAUUCCAGAGGAGCGUGGGCAACAUGGGAAAGAGACUGAAAGCUGGAUUCUACUUCAUCCCCUUUUCCCUCAGUACCCCUAAUUCUACCUAGGACCAAUUCCCAUAGAACCAACUAUGUUUUAUGCUAUUUAAAUAAAGUAUAUUUAAUGUA